GGCCGCUCAUGCGCGCCUGCUCUCCUUGAGUCCACUGCGGCGCCAGAGCGUUGGCAGCCCCUCCAUGCGUCUCCGGGGGCACUCGCUCUGUGUCAUCGGGCUGAGUAGGUUCCGCCCCUCCGCCGCUGCCGGGGCGCUCCGACGGGCGGGGGGCGUCAGCGGGGUCCGCAUCCAUCUGCCGCCGCUCGGGGAGCGCCCUUUCCGCGGGCUUUGCCGGGUUCCGCGCUCGAGCCGAGCGAGCCCAGCCAGCCGGCGGGAGACGCAGCGCUCGCCUUGCACCGCCAAGUGAACGGAAGGCACUGAGGGCGGCGGCGUCGCCUUCCUCCCGCCGUUCCCACCCCGCCUGCCUUGCAGCCGGCGUAGGUUCAGAGCAGCCCACCUCUCGUUCUUCGCCAUCCCCAGAGCUACGGGGAGGAGACUCAUCCGCUAGCCGUCGUGCAGCCGAAACGAAGCACGACAAGGCGCCGCCGGUGCGAAGAGGAGCAGCAGUGGAAGCCAGACAAAGGGGAGACGGAGAGGGAGAGACCGAGAGGUGCCCGCGGGGUGAGAGGUUACUCCUUGGAAGCCAGCAACUGAAGGAAAACAUCAUUUUUAUGAUGCCAGGGCCAAUAGUUUGAAAAGAAAACGAACUGCUUUGGUACCAACUUGAACUUCAUUUAGAGAUAUAAAUUUAAAGGACAGAUCUUAUCUAUACACCGUGGGACCCGUGCAUGGUGACUAAGUGCUGAGAAGAUAGCAUCUUACCAAUUUGGAGCUUGUGUCUUGCUCCUAACAUUGGCAUUUGCACUUUGAACUGUACAAACAUGAGUGAGUUCUGGUUGUGUUUCAACUGCUGUAUUGCAGAACAGCCGCAGCCUAAAAGACGGCGGCGAAUUGAUCGGAGUAUGAUUGGUGAACCAACAAACUUUGUUCACACAGCUCAUGUAGGUUCAGGAGACCUCUUUAGUGGAAUGAAUUCGGUGAGUUCAAUUCAGAAUCAAAUGCAGUCCAAAGGAGGCUAUGGCGGAGGCAUGUCUGCAAACGUUCAAAUGCAGCUUGUAGAUACAAAAGCGGGAUAACUGUGGGACAUAUUUUCAGUCCUUGUGAAUUUCUGUACUUCUUUCCUGUGUCCCUCUCUUUAUGCCUUGGUGACUGCUUCCUGUGCUCAUGACAAGAGAAGUUGAUGGCUCAUCAUCCACCCUAUUGAAACAUUCCUGUUCUGCUGUGAGGAUAUUUAUCAGACUGGUCUUGCCAUGCCUUUCACAUGACAAGCUUACAUCUCACUGCUACCAAAAUAUCUGUGGUCAUAGUAAUGGUUGAGUUAUUUUUUGAGUUUUUUCCCUGUUUACUCUCAGCAUUUUAAAACAAUAUUUUAAGCAAUCUAAAUUCUUAACAUAUAUUUUGGUGUUGGGUUGAUUUUUUUUUGGGUGCUUCUUUUGCAAAGCCUUGUUUACAACAUUCCCUUCUUUGUUGGGUUUUAAAAUCUUCAUGUCCUUAUUGGUAAUUAGAGAACAAGCAAGUUCCUAGUAAUAUGUUGAACCUGCCAUUGUUAACAUAUGUCUAAUGUUUGUUAUAUUUGAUCAUUAUGCAAGCACAAUGAUCAUUUCACACCGAAAUCAGCAGAGCAUAUGACCGCAUGCUAUGUGAAUUUGCUUGGUAUGGUGGCCUGUUGGGUGCCAAAUCCUUUUUUUAAUGCUUGAUCUUGCUGAUGGAUAAUACUAUUGCUGAUUUAAAAGUUUUGCAAUGACACCAGUUCAUGCCAAUCUUUCUGGGGAGGGCGGAGGGAGGACUUGCAACUUUUAGCUGCUUCAGAAAAUUCAUCGUCUUAGGUUUUUGAUCCAGCUGGUCUUGAAAUAAUAAAGAGAGCUUGCAUUCAUAAGGCAUUUUGUUGUAAAUGUUCAGUAUAUUUAUUUUGAAAGAGCUGACCUCAAGAUUGUAAGCCAGUGUAGUAACGUACAAACUAAAUGUUGUGGUGGCGCUUUUGUCUAGUUAAAGAGACAUUGUUAUGUUGGCUGCUUUUUCUUUUCCUCCUUUCCCCUUUUUAAUGCUUAAUUUUAGGCCAUUCUGGCAUUUCCAGUAGCAGCAUGUUGAACUGCCUGCAAUAUUAUAGCUGGAAUUUAGUUGACCUUAAGUAGUCAGCAGUUUCCGCAUACUAAAUAUUUAGGGGCCAUGUAAGUUGCUAAGAGCAACAUAGUAACCUGGCAGGAACUAAUGCCAGCAAGAACAACAUACAGGGUGGCUUUUUGCUGUAUUGGUAAAUAAGCCUUUUGCUCAGGUUCCAAAGCAUGUUCCUCUUUCACUAUGCGUGAAAAAUUGUGUUUUAAUAUUGCACUGUUUUUGAAAUUUCUCUCUUAAGUGGUCCUUUUUUAUUUUCAUAUCUUUUGUCUUCCUCAUUGUCCCCCUUAUCACAAGAAACUGAACUCAAUUGAUUGAACACUAGGGAAAUAUUUUUAAACCACACAUUAGGAUCCUUUUCAUGCAACAUUUUUAACAUCUUAACUGGCAAGUGGAAUAACUGAGCCCAAUUGGAAAAGUGUUAAAGUGACAAGCACCACACACUCACAGACGUUUGCUGCAGAGGCUCCACUCAUUUCAACAGGAAAUAUACAGGAACCUUAUGCAAGGCCUCAUUGAACCUAAGGGGAUUACACAGUAGCACUGCUUUGUGGUUAAUGCCUAUGGGUAUUUUCUUCCCUCCUGUUCAUAAUUGUAAGGGACAGACACCAGAAUGAGGGGUCAUCAUACUUCAGUUUAAAAAAAAAAUCCUGGGUACUACUCCAAAUGCAAACAUUUUUCAGAAGGUGUUCCAGUUAUACCUUUAUCCAAGACCACUGUUGGGCCCAAGCCACUGUGUAGGUAAUUGGUCUAAACGUCUCACUCCAGGUCACUCCUUACUGAUGAGCUGAGCCUAGAGGACGCAUGGUGUAUGGUGCCUACUAGUUGUCUGGGGCAGUAGGGUAAAGUAUAGUUUUAUUGAGAAAAUAUCUGAUUCUGAUUCAGGUAGUUCAGUCUGAUAUUGUCACCUGACUGAAAUACCUUGGAUCAAAGAUAGGGUCUGUCAUGGGUAAGUUCUCAAAAAUGCUCUUCAAAGUGUUCUGGAGUUUCACAGUUAUUCUUGUUUUUAUCCUGAUUGAAAAUCAAUUCUAGUGAGCAUUUUUUGGUCCAAGAUAAUGAUAAUAAUCUUCAGCUCAGUCGCCAGAAAAGAGAGACAUAUUUUUAUAACAAACAUACAUUUUUUGUACAUUAUGUUCAUUCUUAAAUAAUGUAAGUUCAAUGUUGUCUUGUAGAUAUUAAAAGGAGAGUAUUGACUUUUGAUUCAAUAAAUGUUUUCUUUCA